GCACGGUUCCCUGGUCGAAUGUUUUUGUUUGUUGAGUGCUUUCUUUUAUUUGCGCGUUUAAAAGUGUUUUAAAGUGGUUCAGCGAGAGCAAUGGAGCUGCCGAAGGAGUUGUCCGUUGCGGAGAUCCGCAACUACAUGCUGGCCAACGACUGCAAGGUGACGAACCACGCGUUGGUCAAGCACUUCAAGAAAUUCCUCACCCACCCGCAGUCGCAAAACGAGGCCCGCAAGCGCUUCAAGACCUUCGUGACCCUGCUGUCCACGAUAAAGAACGAGAACAACCAGAAGUUCCUGAUAUUGCGCAAGAAAUAUGUGAACGAGUGUCCCUCGGAGGAGGUGGUGGAGCGCGCGGUGGCCGCCGCAUCCGGGGAACCCUCGAGUCCCGGCGGCGCAUCCCUGAGCCUGGACUCCCCCAUGAGGCAGCCACCUCCGUACAAAAACCCGCCCAUGGUCACAUCCCCGCCGGCGGCAGCCGUUUCCAUCGCCAAGGAGCACCAGGAGAACUACCAGGAAUGCGUGGACGAGUUCACGGCUGCCAUAAAGCGCAUAGAGCCCGCCCGCCUGGAGAAGCAGCCCUCGGUCAAGCCGGAGGAUCAGGAUCAGCCGGAGAAGCCAGGCUCCCGAUCCAACUCCAUAGACGUGGCCGAGAACAAGGAGAACAUACCCCGCUUCUCCUUCUCCUCGGAGGCCUCCACCGACUCCAGCUCCAACGAGAAGCCGGAGAAGGCAGAGACCAAUGGAACCCCCUCCGGCGAGGGCGAUCUGGCCGAGAAUCCCAUCAGCGUGAAGGAGGCCACGCGCAAGUUCAACCGGAUGGCUUCCGAAGAGGAGGCCAAAAUCAUAUCGCCGCCAGCCAAGAAGAAGCCAGAGAAGCAACUAAUCGAGGAGAAGGACUCGCCCGAGGUUACGCUGGCGCAUCCCAAGGCGAAGGAGUGGAUCGUCUCGAUGGCGAAGGCUAAUUACCAGGAGCUGGCCAAGAUGGCUAGCGAGUUCCCGGAACUGGUCAAGCUGCAGUGCCCAGCCACGACCGCCUUGCACUGGGCAGCCAAGCACGGCAACGAAGACGUGGUGAAGCUAAUUGCCGGCACCUAUAAGGCCGACGUAAACGCCAGAACGAACGGGGUGAGUGAUAUGCAAAUCUAUUGA